AUGUCCACAACGCCAUUAUCAAAAUUCAAGGAGCAUGAAUUGCAGGGGCCUCGCACUUCACUCUCAUUCCGGGCAGAGCGUAUAACGGUUGCUCUAAUCGCUCAUCUCCGAGUGAAUCUAAUAGAGACACCAGACAACGAUGAGGCCAGCCCCGGCGCUGACAGAUCCGACAACGAGGACGCUGGUUUCGAGUACGUCAAGGCCAACACGAUCCCGAACUGGCACGCAUGCGACCCCGACCAGAUGCUUCAGCUCGAGGACGGCGGUGUCGUCGUCGACGCUAGGCUGAGGGUGUACGGGAUCGACAACCUUGGCGUUACCGACCGCAGCACCCCGCUGCCAUAUGUUAACAUUCUCGGAUCGGUGCACAUGAUUGCGGAGAAUGGUGCAGAACUGAUCAGGGAGGAUUACGAUGGAGGUUGA